AUGUGUCGCGGAGGUCAGGGCGGCGGCGGCCAGCACAGCCUGAAGGAUACGAUCCCGGGCGGCGGGGAGCCGGGAGUGGACUACCCGACCCUGGCCGUCGUGCCAGAGACAUCCUUCUCUUGCGAGGACUAUUCGACCGGCGGCUACUACGCCGACAUCAACGACCCGGCUCUGUGCCAGGUCUUCCACAUCUGCUACGACAACCGCAUGGACUCGUUCCUGUGCCCGAACGGCACACUCUUCAACCAGAAGUACUUUGUCUGCGACUGGUGGUACAACGUCGACUGCGCCGCCUCCGAGUCUUUCUUCCAGCUCAACGAAGAGAUCGGCAAGACAGACGCCUCGGGCAGCGGAAGCGGCAGCGGCGGCGGCAGCAACGGCGGGGGCGUCAACAACGGCUACGGCGCGCCGUCCGGUGCUGGCGGCAGCGGAGGCAACGGCUUCGGAAACGGCGGCAGCGGUGGCAGCGUGAACAGCGGCUACGGAGCGCCCACGAGCGGCGGCGGCGGCGCCGGCCAGCCGUCCGGCCUGUACGGCACGCCGGGCUUCUAG